GGCCUUUCAGUUAUCUUGAUGAUGUCCCCUUUAAGAUAGGACACAAAUUCAAAACCCCAGCAAAAGUUGGACUGCCCAUUGGUUUCUGCCUGCCUGAUUUUUCUCAGCUUGUCAGAGAAGUCCAGUAUGACUUCUCACUGGAAAAGAAAAUGAUUGAGUGGGCUGAAGAUAUCAAAAAAAAUGAAGCUGCUCAGAGAGAAGCUGAAAAAAAGGCAGAAGAAAUGCUAGCAAACUCAAAAGCAGCUCCAGAGGUCAGCAACAAAAUGAGGUUCUCAGAGGGACCUUGCCCUGAGGCCAUGCCUCCUCCUAUUAACCCCAUCCUUGCCAGCCUGCAGCAUGAUAAUAUUCUUACUCCCACGCCAGCCAACAGCAGUGCUGUGAAGCAAAAGGUUCUCAGUCCACCUCAUCCAAAAGCAGACUUCAACCCAGCUGAUUUUGAAUGUGAAGAAGACCCAUUUGACAAACUGGAAUUAGAAACUAUCAAUGAUAAGGAGGAAUUAAAAAAUAUUCUUGAAAUUCAUGUUGGUACUACUGGGUCAGUUGUUGAUCAGUUGUUAGAAAAUACUUUGCCCAAAGGAGGGUCUGAGCCUGUGUUGCAAAAUGAGGAAGUUCUGGCAUCCAUAGAAAGGACCACAUUGGACUUCAAGCCCCUUCACAAACCAAAUGGCUUUAUCACUUUACCACAGUUGGGAAACUGUGAAAAGAUGUCCUUGUCUUCCAAAGUGUCCCUGUCCCCUAUCACUUCAGUGAGCAAUAUCAGAUCCCUCUCCUUUCCUAAACUUGACUCUGAUGAGAAUGAUCAAAAAUUAUCAAAGCUCAUGAGCACUUUCCACAGCACUACCUGUCUCCACAACGGCACUUCUCUCAGCUCUUUGCAGACCUGUACUCAGAGUAAAGCUAGUGAACUGAAUGGACACCAUAUGGUUGGUCUUUCUGCUCUAAAUGAGGACAGUGGCAUGGAGACAUCAACAUUAUCCUCUUCAUCCAGACUACCUUUCCUGGCUGUGUCAACAGUUUGUACAGAAGAAUCAUCUCAAAGCACAGCAACUAUGGUACACCCAGACUACAAAGAAACAAAAAUCCCUGUGGUAAUGCACCAAAAAUUCCCGUUUUCUGAAGUGCCCAAUAACAGCAGCUGUACAAAGUGGUUGGGUGGCUCUGCUUCUGAACUACAGCAGGUCCUCUCUGCUAGUGAGAGGCAGUGUAUAGACACAGUUGUCAACAUGGGAUACUCGCCUGAAAACGUCCUAAAAGCCAUGAAGAAAAAGGGGCAGAACAUAGAACAG